AUGAGCUAGUCACGAUCAGGAUAACAGGAAGUAGCUUAGGGGUGGGCGGCUAGCCGGUUAGCUUAGCCGUUAGCUCGCUUUGGGGCUUAACGUUAGUGCCUGCCUGUCAUGCCCCUUCUGCUGGACACUACUUUGUCUACUCGCUUACAUAACAACCGCGAAUCCCGUUUUUUCUCUCACGUCGUAGAUGAACCGUGAACUAGCCCGUGACAAAAGGAUAUCUGUAAUUGCUUUUGGGAGAAGACAGUUCAGUUACUUUCUGACAGUACUAGGCAUGCCCUUCAUACCGGUUUAUGUUGAUCUCCAGCGGAUUUUAUUUAGUUGACGUUUCGGUUGUUCUUAUUUCAGUUCUUCACUUGUGUUCUCUUUUGAAUGUGGACUAUCUGAAGUUCUACUGUGGUUUGAUUUAAGAAGGACUUCAGUCCGGUGUCAAGCUACAAACUGGAUGAACUUAGAAUUGUGUGAAAGGUCAUAGUGCGAACGAGGGGCUACACGCAAUGUCUGCAUUGUAGACAUCCCGGCCACACUCUGUCCUACCUACGGAUCACACCUCUUUUCUGUGUAAGGGCUGACCGUAAAUAGAAAAGUGUCAUGUCUCUGGUGUUCCCGAGGCCCAACUCCAACUCCAUCCACGGUAAGAAGGACAAGCGACUGAUGGCUGAGGUGAACGCAUCCCCGCUCAAGCACUUUGUCACGGCCAAGAAGAAGAUCAAUGGCAUCUUCGAGCAGCUGGGAGCCUACAUCAAGGAGAGCUCCUCCUUCUUGGAAGAAACGUAUAAGAGCGAUGAGCUGGACCCGGUCACCACGGAGGAGCAGGUGCAGGAGGUACGGGGUUACCUGGCCAAGGUCGCAGGGAUCGGGGAGGUGCUGGCCCGCAGGCACAUGAAGGUGGUCUUCUUCGGCAGGACGAGCAACGGUAAGAGCUCGGUGAUCAACGCCAUGCUGUGUGACAAGGUGCUCCCCUCGGGGAUCGGUCACACCACCAACUGCUUCCUGAGGGUUGAGGGCACGGACGGCAACGAGUCGUUCCUGCUCACAGAGGGCUCCGAGGAGAGGAAGAGCAUCAAGACGGUGAACCAGCUGGCUCACGCGCUGCACCAGGACGAGCUCCUGGACGCAGGCAGCCUGGUGUGUGUCAUGUGGCCCAAGGCCAAGUGUGCUCUGCUGAGGGACGACCUGGUCCUGGUGGACAGCCCGGGCAUUGACGUGACCACAGAGCUCGACAGCUGGAUUGAUAAGUUCUGUCUGGACGCUGACGUCUUCGUACUGGUGGCCAACUCAGAGUCUACCCUCAUGCAAACGGAGAAGUUCUUCUUCCACAAGGUGAACGAGCGUCUGUCCAGCCCCAACAUCUUCAUCCUCAACAACCGCUGGGACGCCUCCGCCUCAGAGCCCGAGUACAUGGAGGAGGUGCGGCGGCAGCACAUGGACCGCUGCAGCAGCUUCCUGGUGGACGAGCUGGGUGUGGUGGACCGCGCCCAGGCCAGCGACCGCAUCUUCUUCGUGUCCGCCAAGGAGGUCCUGCAGGCCCGCAUCCAGAAGGCCCAGGGCAUGCCCGAAGCAGGUGGCGCCCUAGCCGAGGGGUUCCAGGCCCGCAUGUUUGAGUUCCAGAACUUUGAGAGACGCUUUGAGGAGUGCAUCUCCCAGUCGGCGGUGAAGACCAAGUUCGAGCAGCACACCGUGCGGGCCAAGCAGAUCUCCGAGGCCCUGCGGCUCAUCAUGGACUCUGUGCACGUGGCCACACAGGAGCAGAGGAUCCACUGCAUGGAGACCCGGGAGGACCGGCAGGACCGCAUGGAGUUCAUAGACAAACAGCUGGACCUGCUGAGCAUGGACUGUAAGGCCAAGAUCAAGAAGAUCACAGAGGAGGUGGAGAGACAGGUGUCCAACGCCAUGGCAGAGGAGAUCCGGAGGCUGUAUGUUCUGGUGGACGACUUCCACAUGGACUUCCACCCCUCCCCCGUGGUGCUGAAGGUCUACAAGAACGAGCUCCACAGACACAUCGAGGAGGGUCUGGGGAGGAACAUGUCAGAGAGAUGCUCCGCAGGCAUCACCAACGCCCUGCAGAACACCCAGACUGAGAUGAACGAGGGUCUGAAGCCCCUGCUGCCAGCCCCGGUCAGGGAGCAGGUAGAUAAGCUGGUCCCCCGCCAGUGCUUCAGCCUCAGCUACGACCUGGCCUGCGACAAGCUCUGCAGCGACUUCCAGGAGGACAUCGGCUUCCACUUCUCCAUGGGCUGGACCAUGCUGGUCAACCGCUUCCUGGGGCCCAAGAACACGCGGCGCGCCCUCAUGGGGUACAACGACCAGGUGCCCCGCCCCCUGGCUCUGACGCCCGUCAGCACCAGCAUGCCUCCCUUCCCCCAGGGCUCCAUGACCCAGGAGGAGCUGAUGGUCUCCAUGGUGACCGGCCUGGCCUCCCUCACCUCCCGUACCUCCAUGGGCAUCAUCGUGGUCGGGGGCGUGAUCUGGAAGGCGGUGGGCUGGCGUCUGAUCGCCCUGUCGGUGGGCAUGUAUGGCCUGAUGUACGUGUACGAGCGUCUCACCUGGACCACCAAGGCCAAAGAGCGGGCCUUCAAGAGGCAGUUUGUGGAGUACGCCAGCGAGAAGCUGCAGCUCAUCGUCAGCUACACCGGAUCCAACUGCAGCCACCAAGUGCAGCAGGAGCUGGCGGGGUCAUUCGCCGGGCUGUGUCAGCAGGUGGACGUGACGCGGCAGAACCUGGAGGAGGAGAUCAGCGACAUGAACAACAAGAUAGAACUGCUGGACACGCUGCAGAGCAAGGCCAAGUUGUUACGGAACAAGGCUGGCUGGCUGGACAGUGAACUGAACAUGUUCACACAGCAGUACCUGCACCAAGGCCGGUAAAACACGCUACACCGCAGCCGCCUCCACCGCCGUCUUGGAAACAAGACAGACUCCAGCACCAGACCAAAGGAGGAGGAAGCGGCAAUGCAUCGUGGGAAGACCUCUGUAACGUUGUGAUUACACUAGAGAUUGUGUUGGUUCUUGUUCACCUCGCUACCACGCCUCUCCCUCACGCCAUCAUUUUUAAUUCAAACUCGAGUUUAGAAAGAAUUGUCUAAUGUGAUGCCAUUUUGCAAUCUGAUCGGCUUCCUUUUGGUUUAGAGAGCCAGCUAUCCCUAGUGCUCGAAUCAGACGAAAUGAACUGCCACCUCCUGCUGUCUUUCACUUGUUUUCUUGAAUUGUAGAAUGUUUAAUUUAUGUUUUUGUACAUUUUGAUUUAAUGCAUUAUUUUGUACACACAUUAUGUGCCGGCAGUUACUAAUAAGAGUUAUUUUUGUUGGGAAAAUGCAGGUAAAUGUUUUGGUUUGCUCUGCUUUUUAAAAGCAACACAUGCAUAUGUCGUAUUUAUUCGUUGGGGUCGUGUACUGGCUGUAUGGAAAGUCAAGGUACAAAUGAGAAAGUUUGUGGAGGUAAAUAUAUAGCAUAUAAAUGUCUGAAAUGUUGGCACUUGAUUAGCAACCACUAUCAAUUUGUCUUUUUACCUCAUUUACCAUUUGUACCCAAGAUGAGGUGCUUGCUUAAAAAUAAUUCUGCACUAAGACAUAUGGACAGUCCAAUGUUGGUGAUGGAAAAUGGGUUGUUAUUCUUGUUUCCGAUUGGCUCAAACUGGUGACAAAUUCACAACGCCCUGUGUCAGCUCCAUGGUGUUAUCUGGCGUUUGGGAAAAUCUAGGGACGGAUUCACGUUGAACUCGUGCUCCUUGGCUGAAUGUGAGGAAGCCAGGCAAUAUGAUGCUGUCUUUGAGCCUGACUGUGGGCCUAUCAAUGCUUUGGUCUGUUUAGGUAGAAGUAGUCCUUCCGGAAGCCCUCAAGCCAAAGUUUUAAAGAGUCAGAGUUUGCGAUUUAGAACAAUGAGAGGUAUUAGUUCACCCAGAAUCCCGAGCUCAAGUGUCCACAUAUUUAAACAAUCGAUCGAAGCCUUUUGAUCACUCGCAAUAUGAUGUGUUAAUAUUUAAAAUAUGUUUUACUCGAAAGUUUUGGGCCAGUUCUAUUGUACCUUUGACCGCACCAAUAACUAAAUUGGCUCUGGGACUUUCUUUGAUUGCUACUAUGUGAUAGAAACACUUUAUUUGAUACUACUUUUCCUGUUUAAAAGAUGUAUGGAAAACGCCUUGAAAGGUUUGGUUCGGAAGUGCACAUAACUUUAGGAUUUGGUUUGUGCCUAGCAGCGUUGAUGUUAGACUUUUCCUGAGUGAAGACUUGCACUUUAUACAUUUUGCUGCUUUUGUUUUGUUGG